ACAUCCCGUAUUUCUACUGAGUUUGAUUAAUAAUUUGUGUCCAUGCAUGCAGGUUGGGGUCGAUUCCACUGCACAAGAGUUGUCCAUCCAUCACUUGGAAUGAUCAAUGGUAAUGUUGAAACGAGAGGUGAUGGUCAUCGAUCCCUGCCUCGCCGACGGAGCAGGGGCACAUUGCUGACGACGGAGCGGGGGGCAUCGUUCGUGCUUGAGCCCUGACUGAGGUCACCACGAUCCAACCUACGUCCAGCACAUAGCAGAGUCAUGUACGAUUCCAAGUCCUCGGGGGCCAGGAUAGAUAGAUACGUGCCCCUCCCCGAAACAGGGGGGAUCUCUUUCCUCCUCCUGGAACUGGAAGCGUCGUCCUUCCCCUGCCCUCGCAUCCAUCUCUACCUCUCUGUCUCGCUCGCUCGCCCGCGCCAAGAAGCGGCGGCCGGCCUGACAACAGAAUAUCUGCUUCGGAGAUGCCGACGAGUAGGAAGGAUGAUGAUGAUGCUCCCACAAGCUGGAAGAGGAAUAAGAGAGCUGCUGAUGAACUCCCAACAAACUCUAAAAAGAGCAAAAUAAUUUCCAAUUGUGGAGGAGAAACAACUGAGUCAUUGAUUUCAGGUGACUUGCAUCAGGGCUCAAAUCAAUGUAUCUGGAGUGAGCUAAGCAAAGAAGUUGCAUCAAAUUUGUCUAAAAGUGUUGUCUCACUUUCUUUGUCCAAUGGGCAAGAAUUUGCAUGCUCAGGCAUAGCUCUAGAACGCAUGGGGAAUGUUACAAGGUUUCUGACUUUAGCAAGUUUGGCUAGAGCUUUAAUUGAUAAGAGAUUAGACCAUGAUAACUUGAAGGUUGAAGUGCGUCUUGGACGCGAUGUUGUCAUAGGGUUUCUGGGUGAGUAUGAUUUAGAUCACGAAAUUGCUCUUGUCAAUGUCAUGGCAGUCCUUGAUGUUCAUGUCAUACGUUUUAAUCAUCUGGAAUUGGAACCUUAUUGUAAGGUAGUAGCUUUAGGGCAUGGCUUCUCUGGUGAUGCUCAUGUCAUGGCCACUAAUGGGAUACUGACUGGUGAUUCAAGUGGGGAUCUUAAGAUGUCCACUUGUAAAAUUUCCAAGGUUUACGAAGGUGGGGCACUUUUUGAUUUUGGUGGGAACUUUCUUGGCAUGAACUUUUUUAGGGACACUGAAGGAACCUUUUUCCUGCCAGUAAGGAAGGUUUUUCAUUGGUUACCGCAGUUUACACCACUGCGAAUGAUUAAACAUCCAAAUCUUUUUAAGGCAGUCAGGAGACACCCCAGGCUCCAAAGUAGCAACAGUCUAUCUUGUGAAGAUAUAGCCCAACAAAUAGACAUUGGUUUGUGCCGGUACAUCCUCUGAUAAUUUCGAGGUCAGUUACUUCAUGUUCAUGCAAUAUCUUAGCUUCAUACUACGUAGCUUCCUCAACAAAUUUGAUGCAUACCGUGUGCUUAGAGGAGCCAAACCUCCUAUGACAUGCUGCCAUGUCAUAACAAGUCAAUUGGUAUUUGUUGAACGGAUCAUUAUGAAAUUGGUACAAUCACGGCCUCUUCAGGAUUAGUAGCUUUCUUAUGAACAACCACCACACUUUCAUGGUGUUUAUUAAUUUUUGAUUGACCAAAUUUCUCGAUCUUCAUAAUUGAUUCUUGUCUGUAAGUAAAUUUCAAAUGAGGAAUGUGCGUGGAUUCGAUCUUAUAAAAAUAUAAAAAUUGGUAUCAUGCAAAGGCAGGAGGCUAAGAGAAUCAACAUACAGAAAACGAAAACUAAAAGUCCUUCUAUCUAUAUAUACAGUUAACAGUUACACCUAUGACACACCAACUCACUAUAGAGUUGGUCGGUUUCUUUAAUUUCUAGUUACUCAAUGUAUUGGGUUCUUUUGAUAGCAGAGCCAUCUUUUCACUUCUGAGUGGCAAAGCCUACCAACAGAUAAAGUUAGCUUCCGUGUGAUAGAGCCAACCUUCGAUGAAUUCCAGACCCUUUGUGAUCCCGAUUGGCAGAGCCAACCUUCAAUGGAUCACAAUUUAUACACUAAGUACUUAGAAACUAUAUGGCUUAACCAGGAGACUGACACUUACAAGAAAAAGACUUUAUUGCAACACAAUACUACACAAAAGCAUACGACAUCCUUUUCUUUAGGAUCUAGUCAUUCACCCUUCUCCUACCACUAUCUAUCACCUCUCGUCUAUACCAUACUCAUGGAUGGAUGUCAUAGCAAGGGAGGGGGUCUCUAUUUAUAGACCAGUGGGAGACACGAUAUUAGACAAGUGUUCCUUAUAGAGAAUUUCUAAAUAUUCUAAUAUUUUCUAAAUUUAUUUAUUACUAAUUCUAGAGUGCUUCAUAGAAAAUAUCUAUUUUGCAUUGUGAAGAACACUCUAGAAGUUUGUCUUGCACUCUUUCUCAAUAUUAACUGUAACCAAUAGAUUCUAUAUUAACGAGUUGAUUGGUUAUUCAGGGCAUAUAUAGUGCAAUGAUGCUCAAAGAGACAGAAUAACAAAUCAUCCACAUAAGAUCCCAAACCUAAAAUGAGAAAAACUAAUAUUCCAUACUAAUCUCUGUUUCUCCAUGAUGAAAAACAAAAAGUUACCUCGCCAAAAUGACAAAGGCAUAUAUGCCGCUUCCACAGCCAGCACACUAGCACAAGGGUUCACAAGAGGUAUUAAAGAAAUAACACAACUUCCAGCAGUCAUCAGCCUUACUACUAGAGUAAUAACUCUCUCUCUCUCUCUCUCUAAACUCUAUUAUAAAGGCUGACAGGGUGGGCUCCAAGGUUCAGGGUGGAUAAGAGGUUCGAGCCUUACUACUGGUGGGCCUUUACUUCGGUUCGAGCCUUUCUCAAUCAAUGCAAGUAUUAUAUAAGUUUUAUUUUUUUUAAAAAAAGCAUGCAGUCUAGUGAUAACAAAAGUCUCGGUAGCAUAUCAUCAUGAAUUUGACCCUCCAUGAAAAUAAAUCUUCUAAAAUUUAACGGUGUUGUGCUUUCAUUAGUAGGUGACAUUUCCUUCGACAGCGAGACACAUAUGGUGACUUCAUUAAUUUCGAGUAUUUGCUGGCUCUAUAAAGAUGCUCAUAGGAGCAAGGAUUGCGUACAUGUGUUCAUAAGGGUGGGCGUUCAUAUAUACUUUGUUAAUCUCGAAUAUUUGUCAGCUCAGUCUUCGAAGAUACUAAUAAU